GACAUUUGUCAAAUAUUUGUCACUGUUUGAGUGUUGGGCUUAUUCGUCUAUUUAAUAACGACUGUCAGUAAUUAAAGCCAGUAAAGCGAAAUUUCUGGCUUUUAAUCCACUCUAGAAGUUUGUGGCAAAAUGUUGUUAGAAGGUUUGUUCAUUUGUGGUCAAAACGAAGCAAUUCCAUUAAAACGUCUUUCCGUACGAGCAUUUCUGCAGGGCUAUGUAGUAGGAUUUCGCUCGACCUUGACCUACGCAACAACACCUCUAAUCCACUCGAAGUAUUUUUCCGUACGCCCGUCGACGAUUCUUACGCCGUCGUUGGUUUAGAAGCCUGCAUCGAUGGCAGAAAGAUCCGAGCAGAGAUCCAGGAAAAGAAAAAAGCGUGGCAGAUGUACAAGGAAGCUUUAUCAAGAGGCCGUACAGCCGCUUUUGGGGAGGAAAAAAAGGGUGAUAUAUUUAGUUUGGUUCUGGGUAAUCUCCCCCCGGGCGAGAAAGCUGUGAUACAACUCACGAUGGUCGGCGAGCUGGCUGUUGAACCCGAUGGAGCAGUACGGUUUGUUCUACCAACGGUGCUAAAACACCGGUACACACCUCCUGGAAGUACAGAUCCCCUAGCGCCAGAAAAUCCUACUUCAGGAAGUGGCCCAGUACACCACGCUACAGGACCACCAGAAUAUAAAUUCGACAUGGUGAUCAAUGGAGCUUCUGGUAUUGCAAACGUGACAUCGCCAUCCCACGAGAUUCAUGUUGAAAAUACUGAUCAGAAUAUUAAUGUAUCAUUGGCUGAAGAUAAACAAACAGAUAUAGUCAUUCUGGUUCAACCAAAGGAAGCUCAUAAACCUUUGGUAAUCGUUGAACCUGGUUUGUCAAAUGGUGAAAAUGAUUUCCAGAAAAACACAGUCGUCAUGGUCAGCUUCUUCCCAGAAUUCAAAGGUGACACCUCAUGUCUCCAAGCUGCAUGCGAAUUUGUGUUUGUUAUCGAUCGCAGUGCCAGCAUGGAUGGUUCUUACAUCCAAGACGCAUCCCAAACACUUGUGCUGUUCCUAAAAAGUAUUCCCGAAGGUUGUUAUUUCAAUGUGAUUGGUUUUGGAAGCAGUUAUGUACAUCUGUUUCCGGAGAGUGUGGCCUACAAUCAGAAAAAUUUGGACGUUGCGGUAAAACACGCAGAAACCUGGAAGCGGACCUUGGCGGCACGAAACUAUUUGACCCUCUCAAGGACAUCUUUAGCCAUGCGCCAACGAAAGGCUUGCCGAGACAAGUAUUUGUUCUCACUGACGGAAGUGUUAGUAAUACAAUAUCUGUGAUUAAUUUGGUUGCAAAGAAUUCCAAUAACUCCAGGUUUGUCUAUGUUUCCUUAGUAAAGUACCCUGGGUACCAGAGUCUCUUGUGGUAAAAGUGCCCCCUCUCGGCGGCCCUGUCCAUAACAAGAGGCUCUGGUACCCAGGGAACUAAAUGGGUAAUGUGUAAAAACCUCUGUGUUGCGUCGUGCCAUACUUUAUUAUUUUACUCUGUCUAAUAUAUACCAGACAAUUUUAUUCAUCAAGGGGCGAGUGCUGGUGCUUAGUGGGUCAUUUAAUUAAGAUAUCAGUUAAUUUACGAACCACUGAUAAUUUAUAUUUUUUGAGGCACUUUUUAAAGGUGAUCUACAGUCCGAUCUGCGCAUGUGCACAAAUGAGCCCACUUUUUAUGAUACAAACAGUUUAACUAUGUUUUGAGUUCUUGAAAAGCCUGAUUGUUGUUUCUUGAUCAUUUAUUAUACUUUAGAGGCUUGAAAAUAUAAAUAGUUGUCGAAUAAAGCUCAAUAUUUUGGACACAAAAAUGUAUACAAAGGCUUUGUUUAUAUACGGACUGUAGAUCACCUUUAAGUUAAUUUUUAAAAAUUGCUGUGGAACCUUUGCAUUUGGCUAUAAAAUUCUUUUUCAUAUUAAUCUGACACAGCAAUUGACCAACGAAAAAUUUGUUGGCUCGAGCGGGAUUUGAACUCGCAUCUUCGGGUAUCUAGACCGCCGCUCUACCUAUUGAGCUAUCGAGUAAACAGGGAUUGUUAGCGAGUGUGCACGAAAUUAUGUGCACACUCGCUACCAAAAGUGCACGAAAUAUUUUCGUGACGACUUAACGCUUAGAGGACGCACAGUGUUUCCUCUAACACAAGCGUUAGUCGUCACGAAAAUAUUUCGUGCACUUAAAUUGGAUAACACUCGCUACCAAUCCCUGUUGACUCGAUAGCUCAAUAGGUAGAGCGGCUGUCCAGAUACCCGAAGAUGCGAGUUCAAAUCCCGCUCGAGCCAACGAAUUUUUCGUUGCUCGAUUGCAGUGUCAGAUUGAUAUGAAACUAGUUUUUCGUAUCUCUGAGGGUGGUUCUGAAAUAUAAAAUUCUUAUCAGUUGAAAGUAAUUACUUCGAUAAAAAAACGGUUUUCGAAAAGUUUGCCAUUGGUUGAGGCAAAAAUUUUUACGGUUGUUUUUUGACCCUAUCAUAUGAUUGCGUGUGGUUCUCCCUUUACAAGUUUUAAAAUUUUUGUUUUAAAAACAUGUUUUUAUCAGUUGAAUGUAAUUUUUUCUGUGUUGUUGUUGCGAAUAUGAUGUUUGUGAUGUUACUCUGAGUGUACAAGCUUGAAAAUAAUGCCUGGCAACGGUGGGAAUCGAACCUACGACCUUUGGAAUAUUAGCCCGAUGCUCUGCCAACUGAGCUACGCGGUCAGGUCGCUGGGUUCGAGUAUGUGAUAUUUCGGAACUGAGUCUAUAGUUCCUAGUCGAUAUCAAUAAUUGCUUUUGUUUUGUAAUUCUUUUUGCCAUAUGUUUUUGCUUUUCUGUACUACUGUAUAUUUAACUAUUUAAGUUGUUUUCUUCCUAACACAUCUGUCUAUAUAGCGGCAGCAAUUUCCUUGGGUAGCGAUUUCCUUAAUAAUUUUCUUAAUUUAUUUUUCCCAAAGGUGUUUCUCAUUUGGUAUUGGUUCUGGAGCCUCGUCAACUCUUGUGAAAGGAAUUGCAGAGGCCGGCAAAGGUACUGCAGAGUUUAUUACCUCAGGAGAGAGGAUGCAAGCUAAGGUAACAUUGGCUAAAAAUAACAGACUUGUUACAUUUCCGUCCUGUUUUAGUUUUUUUGUCCAUUUCUGAACUAGAAAGGGGCAAAAAAUGGCAAAACGUAAACUUUAUGUUUUUGUCUAAUUUGCUCAUUUUCACAAGCGAGUAAAAUGGACGAACAUUGAAGGGGUUUUAUAGCCUUUACUUUUUGUUUUUGCCCGUUUUUCAAAAAUGAAAAAAGUGGCUGAAAAUGGACGAAAAGGUGAGGGGUUAGCCCAAUUUAACCCUUUUUUUACUUUUUCUUGAAUUUUCGCCAUUCUUUGAAAAACUCAGGAAGUGAAUGGUAAUGGUUAGAUAUCGUUUGGGCCAUUGGCCUUUCUUAAGCUUUACUUUUCAAAAUAACAAAACGUGGUUAAAAAUGGCGGAAUGGUUAACUCCUGAACUUUCGUGCAAACAAUAUAAAGGCUAACACCCUCUCUGGCCAAAGGCUGAACGCGGUAAAAAUGGCCAAAAGAUAACCGCCUUCACUUUUGAAGCCAGACUUACGGGGUUACUGUAGUCAACUAUACUUACUGUCUGUCUUUGUCUGAAUAACAUAAUAAUGUAUUAACAGGUGAUACGAUCAUUAAAGAAAGCCAUGCAGCCAGCAGUUACCAACACCAAAGUCUCUUACACAGUUCCUGAUGGUGUGACAGUCACUGCUGUACCAAAAAGUUCUCUGCCAGCAAUAUUUAUCGGAGAACGUUUGAUCGUCUACGCCAUCCUUCAUCAAAGCUCGCCGCCUACUGAGGUACAAGAAGGAUCGAUAUGCCUGAGCGGAGAUUUACUCGGGGCGAAAGUUGAACACAACAUGAAGUUUCAAGUUCCAGCUGCCGUAACGAAAGAGCACAUGUUGCAAGUCUCGACCAUUCAUCAUCUUGCGGCCAAAAAGUUGAUCAAAGAAAUGGAAUUGGAUCUCGGGAGUGGUCGGACGAACUCAUACAUAAUCCAGCUCAGUUGUGAUGCGAAUGUCAUAUCUUCCCAAACAGCAUUUAUCGCCAUUGAUGAAAAACGGAAGGAGGCGGUGAAAGGAAACUUGGAAACUUGGGAUAUUCUGCCGGAUGACGAGUUGUGUUCGAGUGGUUUUCCGUUUACUGGGCGUAUAAGGUCAAAAAAGAGUGGUGGUGGUGGUGUUUGUUCUGUAGGGGCGAGUGCGCCUCGUUCAAAAAAGAAAUUGUCUGGAUCUCCUAUGCUGACCAGAGCUAAACAUUCUAGAACAGCAAAGUCUCCCGCAAGUGCGCCAUUAGCCAGUGAAAGCUACCUGCAACCUCAAUUCCGUUUUAUUCAAACAUAUGGUGAAGACCAAGACAUCUCGGGUGUUCCAUGCCGGGCUCAUUAUCCAGUGUUUGGUGGAGGAUGUGAUGAACUUCCGUAUGUAUCACUAUGUGAAGAUGAAAAUAUCCCUACUAAAGAAUCGACUUCAACGAGUCCGCUUACAAGUAUCAUCAACCUUCAACUGGCCAGCGGAGCUUGGAAAAUGUCCGCAGAGAUGACAGGUGUGAUGGCUAAAUCCACGGCAGAGAUUAAAAACGCGUGUCCAGUGCGUUGCGACGGUGAUAUGGAAACAAUUUGGGCGACGGUGAUUGUCUUAAUGUAUCUGCAAAUUCGACAGACAAAUUUCAGAGAUGAAUGGGAGUUGAUUGCUGGAAAGGCUCAAACAUGGCUGGCAAAACAGAAUCUUCCCGAAGGAUGUUCCAUUCAAGUUUUACGAGAAAAAGCAAUGGCAUUUCUCUCUUGACUUUAUUUAACAUUACUGUUGAGUGUUGCUACUGAAACGAUCAAAUAUAUAUAUUAAACAUAAAUAUAAUAAAACAUAGACAUAAUAAAACAUAAACAUAGUAACAACAAAAGGGGAACAAAAAGGGGCACAAAAAUAAUAUAAACAUUAUAUUAAACAUAAACAUUAUAUUAAACAUA